CCCGAGAGUAAGCUCGCGCGCUCGUGCAUGUGUCCGUGAGUGUGUGCAAGUGCGUCGCUGCACACCUUGUGGGCUAUACGAUGAUACCAACCUCUUUAUCCUGCUUCUGCUGUUGUCGACGUAGUACAGCGUUGGCCCAACAAGCUACCGUCCCUGAAUUAACGAGGAUACAUCCCCAUCGUUGGUGAGACGUGCGGUGUUUUUUUUUUUUUUUGUUUUGUUUGUUUUUUCUCCCCAAGAACCAGUGGCCGACAAACGCAGCGAUCGAUCGGCUAUUACGCACACACGCACCCCACCCCCUCCCACGUGCACGUACACUUGCGCUCUACCUCGUCUCUGUAUAUGAUACCCGUGUAAGGGUAGUUGCCGACAGCAACAACAACAACAAUACGGUAUCGAGGACGACUGUAAGCAGCACGCGCCACAAGGUGAUAUAUCCAUUUACGAGACCGGGAGGUGGAGGAGGAGAGGAAAAAACCCCUAACGCAAACAAUGCCUCAAGCACCGUGAGAGUCGACGAUGGGCUGGGCACUCGGAGGCUUCGGCGUCAUCGUCCUCCUCGUACUGGCUGCCGUAGCCGCCUUUGUCUACUACAGAAGGUACUCGGUGGGUUGGCAAUGCGGGCCCCGGGACGUGUGGAUCGUCUGCGAGGAGUGGCGGCGCAAGCUCGCCUGGCUGUGGGCGCCGCGCGAGGAGAAGGUCGGUCUGGUGAAGGCCCAGCACCCGACGGCUCAAGCCGUGCCCGGCCUGUACCGGCAGUCCAGCGAAAACUCGGCCCAGUCCAUGAUGCACAGCGACAGCGAUCUACGCUUGGACGCCCAGGGCGCGUUCACGAGGUUCGAGGCGGUGGACCGGGACUUGCACCCUCCAAUCAGCAACGCCGUCCAAGCACCCGGCACGAAUGACUCAACUUCGAUACCCGAGCAACAGCAGAGCAUACCACCGCAGCCCCUGCGCCCGGCGCCCCAGCAGCCACGCGCUACCCCUCGACCGCGACCGUCGCCUCUGCGCGCCCCAAAUACCAUCGACCACCUCAGGCUACGCGAGUGCGACUCGUCCCCCCUGACUCCCCCGCCACCGGCCCUACCCACGGCCCUCGGCAGACUUGGCCGAAGCGCCCCCACCGUCUCGGCCUUCCACUUCCAGCAGCCGGACUCGCCCUCCCCGCCCCCGCUCCCACCACCUCCCAACUUCUCCUCGAGGGCCGACUUUGUCGCCGAGGGCCUCAGAAGGAGCGCCCCCAUCGUCUUCCAGGCCCCGGCCAACCACCUCGACUCAUUGGGCCAAGACCCGUUCGAGGAGGCCCAGAGGCAGUUGCAUAGGUACGGCUCGGCCCUGAGCGAGCCCCUCUUCGACUCGGCCAAGUCGCCCCGCGCCGACAUCAUCGGUAGCAUCGACCUUCCGGACAACGGGGACGCCAGCCCACCCCCGCGCUAUGCCAACUAUGAUCUGCUGAGCAGCCAGCCAGAUUUUGGGCACCGGGGCAGCCGCAACAACCUCCAGGACCUCGAGCGCAUAACCCGUUACAUUCAGAGUCUGCCCGACGUGCCCCCCGGGCCCGCGGAUGGGGACAUGUUCGAGCACCCGGGGCCGACCACGGAUGACGAAGGGGAUGACGACGAGCCGGCGAGUCCCGCAGCCGCCCCACCACCUCCCGCCCCGCCUGACCCCCACCCCGGCGAGGAGCAGCAGGUCGUCUCGCACGAGCCCACCACCGGGGAGAAGAUCUUCAAGGCUCUGAGGGCGGUCACCUCGCAGAGCUACAUCGACGCCAGCGAGUUUUACAACUCGAUCCUGACGUCGGCCCAGCAGAGCCAGGGCUUCGGCUCGUCGGCGGACAAGCUCGGGGAUUCCCAGCGGAGCGCGAGCGACGCGCGGCUCUUUUCCGCUUACGCCCCGAGCGAGGUGGCCCGCAAGGCGUGCGACCUGUUCAGUCCCGAGUUGAACCAAGAGGCUCAGCGGACGGCUCAACAGGUUUACAACAGCCUGCAGGACCCGCCCGCCUCGCCCCUGCUCCUCAAGGACGUGGACCAGCAGUCGUACUCCUACCUGUCGACGGACCCGAGUUUCACGCGCACCUCCGAGGACAUAUUCAACAGUUUGGAGCACAGGCGCAACAAGAGCGUCCAGGAGCGAUUGAACGGGUUCCAGGAGCUGCUCGAGCUGCAGGAGAGCCCCGAGUCGGCUCGCCAGCGCAACAGCCUCGAGCUGCUGAGCGCCUUGGAGGAGAUGCAGCUGCGGCGCAGGCUGUCGCAGUUGUUCGACGAGUGCCGGGAGGAGUUGCAGCACGACGAGCACCUAUUAUCCUCCGUGUCGUGCAACGGGGCACUGUCGAGGCGGGGCUCCCUGGGCCCGGAGCCCGAGCCCCCACCCCCUGCCCAUCAUGCCCUCAGUUUGUUCGAUGACUUUGCCUCGUUGCAGAGGGCCAUCAGCUGCGAGAGCGUCAACUCGGACACCAGCGUCGUCCUCAAUGACUUGGAGGCCGGCACCGAGGAGGCGCCCGUCGUCGGCCUCAUCUGCGUGGCCCUCGAGCUCGACAGGUGGGAAUGGUCGAGCCACCUGGGCGAGACGGAUCUCAUAGUGAGCGUGCUCGAGGCGAGGGACCUGAUAGUCUCCGACGGUCGGCCGGCCCAGAACACCUUCGCGAGGGUCUGCCUGCUUCCCGACCGGCAGACCCACGCCAAAACGCGGCUGUACAAGGGCACCAACUCGCCCAGUUACCAGGAGAAAUUUUAUUUUCCCCUGGACGGGGGCACCGUGGGCCGGACCCUCCUGGUCGAGGUGUUCUCCUACGCGAUGCCGGACGGGGAGAGCUGCAUAAGCAGCGGCGGCGAGUCGAGUUUGCUGGGCGAGGCCAGUCUGAGACUCGGGCCGGCUCUACGACCCGCGACCACGUGGCUGCCUCUCGUUAGUCCACUGCAGCCGGCGCCCCUGCUGGGCGAGCUGCUCUUCUCGCUGAGCUACCUGCCCACGGCCGAGAGACUGACUCUCGUCAUCGUCAAGGCUAGGAACCUCAAGGGCGCCAACGAGACGCCCGGGGACUUUUUCGUCAAGGUCUACCUGCUGCAGCAGGGGAAGAAGCUAAACAAAAAGCGGACGACGAUCAAGCGGGGCGAGAAGAGCCCGAUCUUCAAUGAGGCGAUCAUCUUCAGCGUACCGUCGCACGCGCUGCAGAACGUCCAGCUGAGGUUGACGGUGGCGGAGGUGAGCGGCGACCUCAGCGCGAGCACCAAGGCCUACUCGGUGGGCCACGUGAUCGUCGGGGCCACGACGAACGGCCGAUCGCUCGCUCACUGGCGGCAGAUGCUCACUAUGCUGCGCCGGCCCGUGCCAAUGUGGCAUCCGCUCCGCAAGUGAGCCGAGACGAUACAGCGCAAAAAAUAAUAAAAAUACCUACUUCUAGUCCACUCGAAUCACCCAGUCAUUUUUCCUCGCGAUAUUUGCUCUUUGAAUUUUCAACUCUUUUUUUUUUUUUCCCCCCAUUGGAAAAAAUUGUCAGCAGAGGAGGUUUUUUCUUCUUCUUCUUCUUCUUCUUUACUGACAGUUUUGUGAUUCGCCUGGACUAGUCGAGCGCGUUCAUUUGUUGUUUCUGCCGAGAUAAGAAAAAAAAAAAAAAAGAAAAAAUAAAAGAUGCCCACGCGAUCCACGUUGUUGAUGUUGUUGUUGAUAUUGACUUCACUCGAGCUGGGCCUACUAUGUUAUACAUAUUGUCUCGAGAUGCUGAGGUGAGAAUUUUGGAAAUUAAUGAUCGCAUGGAAUUUUUGGACGCGUGAAAAUGGUCCCGAGUAGCAAAUGGGUUGGGUGACUGGUUGGUUAUUUUUUAUGGCGUGAAAUGCAAACAAAGUAGAGGCCGAAAAUUUCGGAAAAUAGCUCCCUUUUCCGCGGAAAAUUUUUUGAAAUGCAUUCGUGCCACUAAAGCACUUUGAGCUUAAAAUGAAAGAAAAAAUGGCAAAGUUCUUUGCAUUUAUUUGCACAAACAAAACAACUCUCCAGACAAAAUACACUUGGAUAGAUUUUUAAAAUUUUUUUCUCACAUUUUAUACUCUCUCUCUCUCUCUCUCGUCACGCAUCCAUACCUAUAACGUUAAAACGCGACACUAACUUGCCAAGUAAUAAAGUUUCACGCUAACGAGUUUACGAAAAGCUUCUAUACAUAUAUCAUAUUGUAUAAAUGAAAAAAAUAAAAUAAAAAUAUUUUUCCUCCAUCGUAGAGAUAUAAAAAUAGGCAUGUAUUUUAACAAACAAACGCAAAAACAAGAGGCUAUAAUAUACCGAAGUAAUCGCAAUUUUGAUACUUGGUUGCGAAGAAUGACAAUAUUGAGAUGCUAGUUAUUAUUGUUUUUAUUGCAAUCGUUCACUACUACGCAGGCUGCUAUAAGAUAUUACUUCCGAUCACUACAUGAUUGUUACUAUUGUUGCACCAAGUAUAGCUUAUCACGCGUGGGAGCAAACAAUUGAUGAAAUCGUUAGGGUAUAUAUGAAGGAAAGAUACAGAGAGGGGAAAUCGUGUUGGAUGUGUACAUACGUAACUUUAAAAUGUAUAAA